GAAUCGUUAUCGUAAACUCAACGAAUGAACAAGGCCACCGGUUUCCGCGCACCGCACCCAAACCACAUCACUUGAGAAGUGAGGCAAAAAAAUAAGUUUUUUGAGAUUUUGCUUAGUACAUAGGUGCCGAUUUACUAAUGUAUACAUCCAAGAAUAUUUUUUCAUGUUAAAUUUCAGUGGACUUGUGACAACUUAUAAAUAUAAGCGUAUGUAUUCGUGAUUUGGUGAACAUUACUUUAGGAUAGCGCAGUCUGGACCUUUGGCUUGUGUUUGAGAAUAUUCGGAAAGUGUUCGUGAUUUCUAGUGAGCGAUAUCAGAAUGAACGAAUUGGAUUCUCUCAGACAAGAAGCAGAAACGUUAAAAAACGCCAUCAGAGAUGCCAGAAAAGCUGCAUGUGAUACUAGCCUUGUGCAGGCCACUGCUAGUCUUGAACCCAUCGGUAGAGUGCAGAUGCGAACAAGACGGACACUCAGAGGACACUUGGCCAAAAUAUAUGCCAUGCACUGGGGUUCUGAUUCAAGAAAUUUAGUAUCUGCCUCCCAAGAUGGCAAACUCAUUGUGUGGGAUAGUCAUACAACCAAUAAAGUCCAUGCAAUCCCUCUUAGAUCAUCAUGGGUUAUGACCUGCGCUUAUGCUCCUUCUGGGAGUUAUGUAGCUUGCGGUGGACUGGAUAACAUAUGCUCCAUCUAUAGUUUGAAAACAAGAGAAGGCAAUGUUAGAGUCAGCAGAGAGCUUCCAGGUCACACAGGCUAUUUAUCAUGUUGUCGAUUUCUUGACGAUAAUCAAAUUGUUACAAGCUCUGGUGAUAUGAGCUGUGCAUUAUGGGAUAUUGAAACUGGACAACAAGUUACAUCCUUCCUUGGUCACACUGGUGAUGUUAUGUCGUUAUCACUCGCUCCAGACACACGUACCUUUGUUUCUGGUGCAUGUGAUGCAUCUGCCAAAAUGUGGGACAUCAGAGACGGAGUUUGCAAACAAACUUUUCCGGGACAUGAAUCAGACAUUAAUGCCGUCACUUUUUUCCCUAAUGGGUAUGCCUUUGCCACAGGUAGUGAUGAUGCCACUUGCCGUUUAUUCGAUAUUAGAGCAGAUCAAGAACUGGCGAUGUACAGCCAUGAUAAUAUUAUCUGCGGUAUAACGAGCGUCGCCUUUAGUAAAUCCGGUAGAUUACUGUUGGCGGGUUAUGAUGAUUUCAAUUGCAAUGUUUGGGAUUCUAUGAAAACAGAAAGAGCAGGUAUACUAGCAGGUCACGAUAAUCGAGUAAGCUGUUUAGGCGUUACUGAAAAUGGUAUGGCAGUGGGUACAGGUUCGUGGGAUAGUUUUCUACGCAUUUGGAACUAGAUUACAUAUUGAAAAGCAACAAACAGUUCUUUUCUUACCCACCACAUCACACUGAUGUUAUUUCAUUUAGUAUAUUUUCUCAGCAUUUAUACAAUUCGAUGGUUAGUUCCACUAGUGUGCUUAACCAUUUCAUGUCUCAUCUUGUCGAAUGAACUAUGUAGCCAUGUAAAGUUAAAAUUAUAUUUCAAACUUAUUUUAAGCUCUAUGUAUGUAUUUAUAAUUUAUAUUUUCACACAACACAAAUUUUCAAAAAUCCAAAUUUAUUUGUUAUAUUUCCAAAAAUUGUAAUAUUUAUUUUAGAAUUUUAUAAAUGACAUUAUUGAAUAAACAGUAUUCAUUUUAUGCUUUGACAAUUCCUAAUUUUCUUAGAAACCUUCAUAGUUACGGUGAGAUGUGAAGUGUUGGAGAUGAAAUUUACAAUGUUUGUGGUUAGGUACAAAAAACUCAAGACCAAUGUUUAGGAAAAUAUGUUGUUUAUUUCAUAUAUCUAUAUAUCCAUAUAGCGAUCAAUAUUCAAAAGAAUUUCCAGUUUAUGUGGAAAUUUCAGUGUGGAUGACCAACUUUGAAUUUUUGAAUUAGAACUUAUUUCUAAAAUAUACGGAUAUAUGAAUAUAAAAUAUGAAUUCUUUCAAAUCCUUAUGAGGAAUCUUAAUGGCAUGUGCUAGUCUUUUUACCAAAUAUUUAAUACAUGUGCCAUAAAAAUUAUUUGCUGCAACUACUAUCAUAUUGAGUUUUUCACACCAUGAGAACCAAAAGUGAAUGUGUGGUGUAAAAUUAUAUAGCAAGUUCAAAACUUUGAGAUACUGCCUCCCUUAACUCAAACUGUUUCAAAUGACAGUGUUCUAUUUGAUAGUUUUCAUUUCACAAAAUUGUUGAGGAGCAUGUACUGCUUUGAUUGUACGAAUUCUUUUCCAAGUAUUUGAAAUACAUACGAAAAUUCAUAUUUGGGGGAAUUUCUUUUCAAUUGAUUGUCAUAAUCUGUCACUAUUGAACAUAAUUCUGAGGGAACUACCUCCAAAUUUGCUUCUUAUAAUUUAGCAAUAUAUUAGUGAAUUGAACACUAAAUAAACAGUCCAGACAAAUGUAAAUGAAACCAAAUAAAAUUUACAGUUGUUCAGAAGAAUGCACAGUGUAGAUAUAAUCUUCUUAGAGUCUGAACUUGUUAAUUAUGAGAUGAGCAGUACAUAUUUCGAUUCAAAAAUGAUUUUAUUUAUUUUUUUUGUAUAUAUUAAGUUCUUUGUAUAAGUGCAAGCAUUUAAUAUAGGGACUAAGGUUCUUGCAAAUUAAUACAAAACAAAUAUAAUAAUAUAUUAAGGAUACCUAUAGCUUUGCUUAUCAGAAAAUGAUUGUAUAUCUGUGAGUGUUGAUACUUUUCACUUCAAAAAACCCUAGCAAAAUAUGUUCGAUGAGCCACUUGAGGUCAGAUAUUUUCAGAUAUUCUGUUAUUUUUCUAUUCAGGGUAGUAGUAAAUUGAUUAUCUGAUUCAACACCGUGUAAUACUAUCUUUCCCCUCUAUCAAUUCAAAAAGCUGUAACAGAAAAUCCUUCCUUUGCUCGAAAUUCUUGAUCUCGAAUUAUUUCGUUUCUCUAGUGAGAUAAUGAAUAAUUUACCCUGUAGUAUGAAACAAAAAACGGAAUUUCUGAGAAGAUAUUUGAAAAAUGGACAUGUUGAACAUAAUACUGUAUGUAUGAAUUGUAUGAAUAAGUAAGAAUGAAAAAGUUGCAUUGUAAAUUGGAUAAGUAUCCUUUCGUAACCAAUUUUCAAAAAUUGUAAAGAAACACUUUCGAUCUUUUCUAUAAAAUAAGGGCUCAAAUUGGCUACGAAAGUUUACGUUUAUAUUAUGGUGAAUUUUAUCUUUUUAUAUGUGAGCUAGUUAAAAAAAUACGCCAAAUAUGAUCCCAGAUUACAAUGACACAUCGAACACCCAUGAACUCAAAAUAAGUAUUCUUGUCAAAAAAUUAUUUCAACUUACUGGUUGAUGAGUAUGUUUUUAUAUUUAUGAAUCAACUAAAUACCUAUAGAGUUAGAUCCUAGAAUAAUGACGCCCUCAACCUUGUACGUUAUGAAAUUAAUACUACAAGAGUUAAUAAAAAAAAAAAUUCAUCAAUUCCAUUCUUCAAUGAAGGGGCAAAUUAUCCUAGAACUCAUGUUUUCUCUUUAAAAGAUUUUAGUGGACAUAACAUAAAUAUGUGGUGCAUACGAUAAUGUUCUAUCAAUCAUGGAUAUACCAUGUGGCUAGCAUUUGUAUUUUUUGUGUUGUCUUUGAGGCUAAAUGUAUGUAGUUUCAAGUGCAACAUUUCAGUGUUGAAAAUAUUGUAAAAUUACUCUUAAUUUCUUAUAAAUCUGUUACCACAGCUGCAAAAUCGUUCAGCUUGAAUUUUAGAAAUUGAAUGUGACAAAUAUUGCUGUUAAGUUUGAAUUUCUACAUUACUUGAUAAACACACAUUAAAUUAUUAUUUUUUUUUUUUUGAGAUUGGUGUCUAUGUAUACUUUAUCAAAGAAUAGGUUAGAUUAGAUAAUUUUUUAUUGUUAAUAUUUUGAGAGGGUAUGGCGUGUGGAAAAAUAAUAUAGCAAACAUAUAUGUUAAAUUGUAAUGUACCAACUAAAUACAUCAUUAAAAUAUC